CGGCGGAAGGAGCAGGGAGAGGAGGAGGAGGAGGAGGGCGCGGGGGGGGGGCUAUGAGCGGUGCCCCGCUGCUUCUCGCGAGACUUGGAGGCCAGCUGUAGUUUUCCUGCCACCCUCAGCGUGGUUCCCAGGAUGUACCCAUGGAGCGUCGCCCGCGCCGCCCCGUGCCUGCUGCGUGCUGGGAUGCGGCAGCACCUGCAGGGAUCAGUCCAUCGGAGCCGGUCUGCUUGGUGCCGUUACAGAGCCGUGAUCUUCCACGCUGCCGGCGCGCUCCUCCCAUCCCCUUCCAAGACAGCCGCGGACUGGGAGGCCCGGGACUGUCUCCCAGCUGGCACCAUCCAGCAAGCUAUGUUCUCUGGAGGAGAGAACAGCCUCUCCCUGAAGUACACGAGAGGAGAGCUGACAGCUGUGGAGUUUCUGCAGGAACUGGGCCGGCAGUGCUUUGGGAUUGCAAACAUCCGUGUUCCAGUGGACUCUUUGCUCUCGGCCUUAAUCAGAAAGGAGAUGAUAAAACAGCUCCCCAUAAUGGCAGAAGCAGUACAGUGUAUCCGUGCAGAAGGUCUUAAGACAGCUCUUCUGAUGGACAACUUCUGCCUGCUGAAUGGGAAGAGCUUCCUGCCCCUACAAAAGCACUUUGAUGUGAUGGUUGAAUCCUACCGGGAAGGGAUGGGCAAGGCAGACCCUCAGAUCUACAAGCUGUGCUUGGAGCGCUUGGGCACUCAGCCCCAGGAAUCCAUCUUCCUCGACAACAACAGCCAGAACCUAAAAGCAGCAGCUCAGCUUGGCAUCAAAACGGUGCAGGUGGAUGAUCCAGAAGUGGCAUUCAAAGAGCUGGAAAUGUGUCUGGGUUUCCCUUUGCAAGGGUUUGUUCCAUAUACCCGUGCAGUCAGACCAAGCAUGGAUAUCCCAAAAGACAAUCUGCAGAAGUACCUUGAGGAUGUCCUCAGUGACCACACCACAGGCCCGUUGGUGUUACGGCAGUUUGGCCAUGGACACUCCUCCCAGACCUAUUCUGUCAGGUUUGGAGAUCACUUGCUAGUGCUGAAGAAGGAGCCCCCUGACAGCCCACAUCCCUCAGGCUCUGCCGUCAGAAGGGAAUACAGGUUACUGAAGGCUCUUGCUGAAGCUGGUGUUCCUGUUCCCUCCGUGCUUGCCCUCUGUGAGGACAGAAGCACCCUUGGCACACCUUUCUACCUGAUGGAGCACUGUGCUGGCCAUAUCUACAGCGACGUCUCCUUUGCCGCGCUGCAGCCGGGCCAACGGAGAGCUCUUUAUGCUGCUAUGAGCCAAGUCCUGUCCAAGAUCCACAGCGUAGACCUCAAAGCAGCCAAGCUGGAGGAGCUCAGGGAGCACGGUAAUUACAUUCAGCAGCAAGUCGAGACCUGGACGAAGCAGUACCGAGCUAUGGAAACUCGUGUUAUCCCAGCCAUGGAGAGACUCAUCGAGUGGCUGCCUCUGCACUUGCCUGCCUCUCAGCAGACAACAGUUGUGCACGGGGAUUUCAGGAUGGACAACCUGGUCUUUCAUCCAGACAGGCCAGAAGUCCUUGCUGUCCUUGGCUGGAAGCUUGCAGCUCUAGGAGAUCCCAUCUCUGAUUUGGCGAAUAGCUGUAUGGCCUACUUCCUGCCACCUCACUUUAGUGCACUGAGAGGCUUGAGGAGGUGUGAUGUGGGGCACGAGGGAGUGCCCACGGCAGAGGAGUAUUCCCAGAUGUACUGGGGCCACGUGGGAGCCCAGCGACCGGAGAACUGGAAUUUCUACCUGGCCUUUGCCCUUUUCCGGCUGGCUGCAGCGCUGCAGGGACUCUGCAAGCAGCCUGGGGCAGGGAAGCCAGCCCCAUGUGGAAGCAGCCCGCAGGAUGUAGAGUUUGUGGCUGACCUGGCUUGGGAUUUUGCCAUCAAAGAAGGAUUCCGUGUGUUUGACAGCCUCCCCAGCACACGACGUUACAGCACCUGGGCCAGGCGAGGGCUGCUCCUCAGCAGGAGCUAUGGUACCUGCUCAUGCCCCAAAGCCCCCCUGGUCACUCCCACCACCCGUGUCUUGGGUUUGGCCCAGAGUCUUUACUACAAGCUGGACAAGAUCAUGGGCAUCCAGUGGGGUUUGCUGAUUUCCCAGCCCAGAUGGACUCCACGUCCUCUUCUAGAACUGACGGCACAAAGUGGCAGGAGCCAUGCAGUACUGACAAUGACCCUGCAGGCCAUGGAUUGGGAUAGCCAGGUCUCUGGAGCAGAACGUCUCAGCAGUGCAGCCCCCAGCCCAGUGCUUUGCUCAGGCCUGAGCUCCACGUUGGCUGAAGGUCCUGUAUGGUUCACAGCACCCUGCACACCACGGCUGAGCCACCACCUCGGACCUGAGACUGAACCAGCCUGGGAGCUGCUGAAUUGCAGUGGUGUUUGCUGUUAGCCCAUGUCUGUAUCUUCAUUGCCAGGCUCAGGAAGUAGGCAGCAAAAUCCAUCCUUGGAUCCUGAGGCUUGCAGGUCAGGAAUGACCAGGCUAGGGGUGCAAGACUUGGUGGUGGGGAUAAAGAGGAUGGAGUAGGGUGACUCUCCUUCAGCACAGCUCCAGCGACCUGCAGACACUGCAAGAGUCCUUGGGGAUAUCGGGAACUGAAUCAGGUCCU